AAUAUGAGCAGUAGAAUGACAUCUUGUAGAACCCCAAUAGGUGGAAUUGACAAAUAUAGUACUCCACUAUUUAUUUAAUUCAUAAACCUCAUAUUAUCAUUAUCAUCUUUCAAAAUUCAGUUAAACUAUAUACUAGUAGAACACUGGCACCAAUGGCAACAUUAAGCCUCAAUCUUUAUUCACCUUCAAUAGGUCAUAAAUGUCUUUUCCCUAAAUCCCACAAUUCACCUUCCAAUUUCAGAAUUUCAUGUUCUAGCUCAUUCUUGCAAAAUAAAAAGCAGUUUAAGAAGGAUUAUACAAGUGUGAUGAUAGUGCCAACGGGUGUAGGAGCAGCCAUUGGUGGAUAUGCUGGUGAUGCUUUGCCUGUCGCUCGAGCUCUUUCCUCUGUUGUUGACUGCCUUAUCUCUCAUCCUAAUGUUCUUAAUGCAGCGAUGCUGUACUGGCCCAUGCCGAAUGCUCUCUAUGUUGAAGGCUAUGCACUUGAUCGAUUUGCUGAAGGUCUCUGGGCACUGCAACCAGUUCAUCAAAAUAGGGUGGGAUUGGUUUUUGAUGCUGGGAUAGAAGAAGAGCUUCUUAUUCGCCAUCUACAAGUAGUUGAUGCAACAAGAGCUUCUCUUGGAUUGCCAAUAGUGGGAUACACUGUUACUGAUACACCUCUACUGGUGGAGAAAUGGGUUGACCCAACAAGUGGCCAAUCAACAGGGAGGAUACAGCGUCCAGAUUCACUACUGAGAGCUGUGGAGAACUUGCAAAAGGGGUCUAAGGUUAAUGCAGUGGCUGUGGUGGCACGCUUUCCAGACGAUGAUACUGCAGACUUGGAUGAUUAUCGACAAGGAAAGGGGAUAGAUCUUUUGGCAGGUGUGGAGGCUGUUAUAAGUCAUCUAGUGGUGAAAAAUUUUCAGAUUCCUUGCGCACAUGCUCCUGCAGUAUUGCCUCCUCAAUUAGAUACUUCGCUAUGUCCAAAAUCAGCUGCUGAAGAGAUAGGAUAUACAUUCUUGCCAUGUGUCCUUGCUGGGCUUAGCAGUGCACCACAGUAUUUGGUCAAGGGCAAUAAUUUUUCGAAGGAGGACUGCAUUGUAGCUGGUGAUGUUGACAGCGUUAUCGUGCCAAUCAAUGCUUGUGGUGGAGAUGGUGCUCUUGCAUUUGCCAAUCGCAAAAGAAACAAGCCUCUCAUAAUCGCUGUUGAAGAGAAUCAAACUGUUCUGAAUGAUACACCAGAUUCACUUGGUAUUGAAGCUGUGAAGGUCUCAAACUACUGGGAAGCCAUAGGUGUAAUUGCAGCUCACAAGGCAGGAAUAGAUCCAAAUUCUCUUAGAAGUAAUAGAAUCAAGAACAUUGCACCCAUUUCUUUUGUUCCUUCAAAUGGUUUUGCUAUAUCAAGUGCCAAAUCAUUUGUUUGAGUACAGGAAAUUAUUGACAUUCAUCAUAUUAUAAGGAUUAAUUUGAUUUGUACAACCAACUAGGGUUGUGGUGGAUGGCUAGGAUUCGUCCACCCUUAAACAGAA